UGGAUAUUACACAGCAGUUCGUUUCAAGAAUUUCCGAAGUUUCUGUUUUCGGCUUAUUUCCUCUCUUCAACACACGCUGCGGCUAUACGUAUAUGUAAAAACGAAUAGCCCGCGCGACUGUGCGAGAUAUAUUGGACACAUGUCAGUGUUCGUUUGAUUAUUCAAAUAUCCAGCAGCGUAUCAUUGCGUAGCGUUCGAAAAGUCAUUGCAUAAUUAAGUAUAAGUAUACGGUGUAAUCGCUGACGUUGUGAAGCUCGAGGCGAUAUAUAACCUCUUCGUGCUCGCGCGAGAGAGUAACGUUUGUAUCGAUUUUCGAAAGUGUGUCAAACCAAAACAUUACGCUAAUUUGUUAAUAAUCGAUAGCGCAUCAGUUGUGUAAUUCAAUUUUCAUACUUUCGCGGCAACAUGUAUCUGUCCAAAAUGUUGCGUAAGGUGCCAGUGAAGCUUCUGACGAAGUCGUUCUUUCCGCGUCAAGAAUGUCUUCGAAGUUAUUCAGUUCCAAAGACUCUGUACACGAGCAAAUUGUCCUUCAUCAACGAUUCGAAUCCCGCCGUGAUACCUACGUAUCGAGUUAUGAACAAUGACGAGCUUUCGGCUCAGGAUUUAAAAAUAAGUGACGACGCACUUGUGAAAGCUUACAAAACGAUGCUGCAGCUCAACACGAUGGACACGAUUCUCUACGAGUCUCAGCGCCAGGGGCGCAUAUCCUUCUACAUGACGAAUUUCGGCGAAGAAGCUGUCCAGAUCGGAUCAGCCGCAGCUUUACUCGCGGACGAUCUGAUUUACGCCCAGUAUCGCGAAGCUGGUAUUCUACUCUGGCGCGACUUUCGAGUCUCGGACUUCGUGAACCAGUGCUACGGAAACGUCGAGGACAUCAACAAAGGAAGACAGAUGCCUGUGCACUACGGAUCCAAAGCUCUGAACUUCAUGACCAUCUCGUCCCCUUUGACGACUCAACUUCCGCAAGCCGCAGGCGCAGCUUACGCUUUCAAGCUCUCGGGCAAGAAGGCCUGCGUCGCCUGUUACUUCGGCGAAGGCGCAGCCAGCGAAGGCGACGCCCACGCGGCAUUGAAUUUCGCGGCGACCUUGUCCUGUCCUGUCGUGUUUGUCUGCCGGAACAACGGCUACGCCAUAUCGACUCCCAGUCACCAGCAGUACAACGGGGACGGAAUAGCGGCUAAGGGACCGGCUUACGGAAUAAGCACUAUCAGAGUCGACGGUAACGAUCUGAUCGCGGUGUUCAACGCCACGAGGUACGCUCGGGAUUACGCCGUCGAGAAGAAGAAACCUGUGCUGAUCGAAGCGAUGACUUAUCGCGUUGGACAUCACAGCACCUCCGACGACAGUACGGCCUACAGGUCGAACAGCGAGAUCAACUCGCGCGCCAAUGCCAGUCCCAUUAGGCGACUGAGAAGUUACCUCGAGUCUCGCAAGCUGUGGGACCAGGCGAGAGAAGACGAGGCAAUAAAGGCGAAUAAGAAAUCGGUGAUCGAUGCGAUCGCCGCGGCGGAAACCAAGCUGAAACCUGGAUGGAAAGAUAUGUUCGCCGACGUUUACUGCGAGAUGCCGGAGCACAUGAAGAAACAGAUGAUUGUCAUGGAAAAGCACGUGGAGAAGUACGGGGAUAGAUAUCCGAUGUCCAAAUAUAGUCGAGAAUAAUUAAUUUGCUCGAGUGAAAUAUCUGUGCGAUAUGGAGUCUGAGAAGUGCAUUUGAUUGUGGAUGUUAUUUUGGAGGUGACGAUAAACUAAAAAUUUUACGAAUUAAUUUGAUGAAGCUGUAGUUUGUAUUAUGGAGAGCAUCAGAAUUUAUACGAUAUGAAAAAUCAAAUCUCUCUAUAAAUUGUUAAACACGCAGGGAUCCGCGUAUAUAGUUUUGUCAUCUAUUAAAAUAUUUUGUAUUUUACUAUCUGGUUUUGAAAUAAAACAACGUUAUAUUUUUUAAGACUUAA